UCGAGUGGUCUGCAGCUAGACCCUUCUCAUUUACUCGGGAUGAUGCCAGUCUUGUUGCUAACAACAAACUGUAGCGAGUCUUUUCUUAAAGUCUCGUUUUUAUUUACGUCACAUUUUCAUCUCAUUCAAAUACAGAGCCGCGGCUAAUGCAUGCUAACACUGUUAGCAUCGGCGUCUGUGCUCCGCGCCGAGCGCGUUAGCUCCCGUUAGUUCGGCUAGCUCUUGUUGAUUCACUUCAGUUCAUAGCAGCUCCUGUUAGCUUAUGCUAGCUUACAUUGAUAUGUGAAGUCUAAGCGCGUCAGCUUCCGUCUGACCGCGCUAGCUCAGUCUGUUAGCUCCUGUUAGCUUAUGCUAGCUUACAUUGAUAUGUGAAGUCUAAGCGCGUCAGCUUCCGUCUGACCGCGCUAGCUCAGUCUGUUAGCUCCUGUUAGCUUAUGCUAGCUUACAUUGAUAUGUGAAGUCUAAGCGCGUCAGCUUCCGUCUGACCGCGCUAGCUCAGUCUGUUAGCUCCUGUUAGCUUAGACCAGUGUGCAAAGCAACAGCUGUUAGCAGCUAGCUCGGUUAGCAGCUAACGACAGAACCAGGAGAGGCUGCCUGAAGACAGACGCCCUUUAGCGGACUCUUCAACAGGUGACACAAUACGAUAAGAUCGUCCCGGGUGGAAACAUUUUCAGUGUCACAACAAAGUAGAAAUAAGAAUAAAGACUUUUAAACAACCAAUGAAAACAAGUUUUAUGGGAAACAAACGUGCAACAUCUGCUGAUCAAAGAAGAGCUUCACACUGAGAUGAUGACCCGUCCAGAUCAGGAGGAGCCAGAGAGUCCUCACAUCAAAGAGGAAGAGGAAGAUCUGUGGACCAAUCAGGAGGAAGAGCAGCUUCAUGACACGGAGGAGGCAGAUGAUGUAAAGUUCUCACUCACUGUUGUUCAAGUGAAAACUGAAGAUGACUCAGAGAGUCCUCACAUCAAAGAGGAACAGGAAGAUCUCUGGACCAAUCAGGAGGUCCAUGGCAACAAAGACUCGCUCUCUAUCGUCCAGGUGAAGACGGAAGACGAUGAGGACGAACCUCAGUCCUCACAGCUUCAUCAAAGUCAACCUGUGAACAGCAGAGAGGCGGAGCCUCCAGACACUGAUGGAGAUGAUCAUCUUCACUCCGAUAAAGAAGACAACGAGACUUCAGACUCGUGUGAGACUGAAGACAGUGAGGAUUAUGAGAAGGAGACCAGAGCUCCUGACCAACGUCAGCCUCAUGGACACAAACGGAGAGUUUCUACAGGAGAGAAACCGUUUGUCUGCGACGUCUGUGGGAAAAGAUUCACAACAAAGAGUGACGUUAAGAGACACAUGGUGGUCCACACUGGAGAGAAACCCUUUCACUGUGAUGUUUGUGGGGAAAGAUUUACACAGAAGUCCAUUCUGAAGAGACACAUGGUGGUCCACACUGGAGAGAAACCGUAUCACUGUCACGUUUGUGGGAAAAGAUUCACACAGAAAGGUACUCUUGAUGUGCAUAUGCUGAUCCACACAGGAGAGAAACCAUACAUCUGUGAUGUCUGUGGGAAAAGAUUUAUGACAAAGAGUGAUGUUAAGAGACACAUGGUUGUCCACACCGGAGAGAAACCGUUCAGCUGUGAUGUUUGUGGGGAAAAAUUUACACAGGCAAGUUUUCUGAAGAAGCAUGCGAGAAUUCAUACAGGAGAGAAACCGUACGGCUGUGACGUCUGUGGAAGCAGAUUCACAGCAAAGUGCAAUCUUAAGAGACACAUGAUGAUCCACACUGGAGAGAAGCCGUUCAGCUGUGACGUCUGUGGGGAAAGAAUGAAACAGAAGAAUUCUCUCGAGGUGCAUAUGAGACUUCAUACAGGAGAGAAACCACACAGCUGCGAUGUUUGUGGGAAACGAUUCCGACAGAAAUCCAUCCUUAAGAGACACGUGAUGGUUCAUACAGAAGAGAAACCGUGUAGCUGUGACAUCUGUGGGAAAAGAUUCCCGUUAAAGAGUGACGUUAAGAAACACCUGCGGGUUCACACGGGAGAGAAACCGUGUCGCUGCGAUGUUUGUGGGCAAAAGUUUAAACAGAAGAAUUCUCUGAAGAUGCACAUGAGACUUCACACAGGAGAAAAUUGUGACUCAGACAUCCAACAUCUGCUGCUGAUCAAAGAAGAGCUUCACACUGAGAUGAUGACCCGUCCAGAUCAGGAGGAGCCAGAGAGUCCUCACAUCAAAGAGGAACAGGAAGAUCUGUGGACCAAUCAGGAGGAAGAGCAGCUUCAUGACACGGAGGAGGCUGAUGAUGGAAAGUUCUCACUCACUGUUGUUCAAGUGAAAACUGAAGAUGACUCAGAGAGUCCUCACAUCAAAGAGGAACACAAAGAUCUCUGGACCAAUCAGGAGGUCCAUGGCAACAAGUUCUCGCUCUCUAUCGUCCACGUGAAGACGGAAGAGGCUGAGGACGAACCUCAGUCCUCACAGCUUCAUCGAAGUCAACCUGAGGACAGCAGAGAGGCGGAGCCUCCAGACACUGAUGGAGAUGAUCAUCUUUACUCCGAUAAAGAAGACAACGAGACUUCAGACUCGUGUGAGACUGAAGACAGUGAGGACGAUGGUUUGGAGGAGACCAGAGCUCCUGACCAACGUCAGCCUCACAGACACAAACAGAGCGUUUCUACAGGAGAGAAACCGUUUGUCUGCGACGUCUGUGGGAAAAGAUUUUCACAUCAGGGUUCUCUGAAGAUCCACAUGAGCGUUCAUACAGGAGAGAGACAGUGUGGCUGUGACACGUGUGGGAAAACCUUUACAAAAAAGUCUAAUCUUAAACGACACAUGGUGGUCCAUUCAGACGAGGAACCGUGCAGCUGUGAUGUUUGUGGGAAAAGAUUCACACAGAGGUGUUCUCUCAAGAUCCACAUGAGAAUUCAUACAGGUGAGAGACCCUGUGGCUGUGAAUUCUGUGGGAAAACCUUUAAACAGACGAGUGCUCUCAAGACACACAUGAUGAUCCACACUGGAGAGAAACCGUGUCGCUGUGAUGUUUGUGGGAAAAGUUUUACAAAGAAAAGUGAUGUCAAGAGACACAUGAUGGUCCACACAGAAGAGAAACCCUACAAAUGUGAUAUGUGUGGAAAAAGAUUUAAAGAGAAGUCCACUCUGAAGAGACACAUGGUGGUCCACAGCGGAGAGAAACCGUGCAGCUGUGAUGUUUGUGGGGAAAGAUUUACACAGAAGUCUAUUCUUAAAAGACACAUGAUGGUCCACACAGAGGAGAAACCGUGUCGCUGUGACGUCUGUGGGAAAAGAUUCAAAGAGAAGUCCACUCUCAAGAGACACAUGGUGGUCCACACGGGAGAGAAACCGUGUCGCUGUGACGUCUGUGGGAAAAGAUUCACAAUCAGUUGUAACCUGAAGAGCCACAUGAGGCUCCACACCGGAGAGAAACCGUUUCACUGUGACGCCUGUGGGAAGAAAUUCACUCACAAACAUUCUCUCAACAUCCACAUGAGAAUUCACAAAGGAGAGAAACCGCGUGUUUGUGACGUCUGUGGGGAAAGAUUCACAAAGACGUGUAACCGUAAACAGCACAUGAAAAUUCACCAUGUUUCGUUAACCGCCUAGACGACGUCGACGUUUCUGACUUCGUCAUGUUCAUUUCAAAUAUUUCAACUCUAGUGUCUGUCAUGGACAUUAGAACAUGACUAAUAAAAUAAUCAUUGUAUCUGUGAAAAUGAAUACUUAAUUGGGUUUGAACAGUUUCCUCAAUGAUUUCACACAGAUAUUUAACACAGAUAAUUCAAUAAUGUCUUAUAUUUUAUUAUGAAUAUUGAUAACUUCAGGCUUCCAUAUGUCCAAAAGUGACUGACAGUAACUCUGUAGUGUGUGAACUAUGAACCAGCUAGUUCCCGCCUCCUCGGCACGAGCUCAACGAUAAAUCUAACACACCAAGAGAGGCGGGACUUAAGGCAGAACAGCCAAUCAUCAGCUUGUCACACUCAAAGCCCGUGUCAUGUUUGAGGCAACAACAUAUAUUAAAAUAUCGAGAUAUCGCCCAGCCCUAGUGGACAACGUCCGUAAGUACUUCUUUUAUUUAGACGUAUUUCAAAAAAAUGUACUCAAACAUAAACAUGUUAUCAACAACAUGUGUUGUGAUUAACCUCAGUAACACAAAGUGACCACAUGAGGCAGCACUGGACCAGCGGCUCACAUACGUAUACUUUAGUUUUUCUCAUGUUUGAAAUAUAGCAAAAAAGAGAUCUUUUUAGAAUGAGAAACAUUUUAUCCAUGUCAUAUUUUGUACUUUCUGAUACAGUGAUUUUAUCAUGUGUUUAUAUAUGUUUAUUUAUAUUCACUGCCUGGCCAAAAAAAAGUCGCCCCCUAAAAAAAAGGGUCACACCGCUGGACCGCCUUUAGCUUUGAUUACGGCACUCAUUCACUGUAGCAUUGUUUCCAUAAGCUACUGCAAAGCCUUCUCCAGCACAUCCCAAAGAUUCUCAAUGUGGUUAAGGUCUGGACUCUGUGGUGAAAAUGAUGUCUCAUGCUCCCUGAAACACUCUUUCUUGGAAUAGUUAGUCAGCUGACCUCAUUCUUUGGGCACAUGAUGUUGCUGAACCUAGACCUGACCAACUGCAGCAACCCUUUACCUGUUUGCUUAGUUAAAUCCAGGUGGUGACUUUUUUUUUGA